AUGUAUCUUGGAGAUUGCCUCCCUAACUUCAGUCAGGUAUCCCGAGUCCUACACACCUGGGAGCGAUGCAAGUCCCGAUCACCAGCCAAUCGAGCAAUGCGACACUUGUCUGUGGCCUCCAGCGUCCCCUGUGAUAUGAAAUUCGGCCUUGCUCGUGGGCGGUCGGCAAUUGAUUCCUGGGCUGCAUCAAGAAUUUCAUGCUUGAAGGACGUGGUUGAUCUCCUUGGCCACAUUACCCAUAUCACUGCACCGUGUCCAGCAAAGGGGGUAUGGGGUUGCCGGUACCAAGAGCUCGAAAUCCUAGCAAAGUCCCAGAGGAGGCUAUUCUCUGUUGGUAUCAACUCCCGAUCCACGGAUCGUUUAGUGUUUCUUACCUCUCCACACGCUCCCCUUACCAUGCACCGAUUUUCUUCACUUCAUUUUCUUCUCAUUGUCAUCCCUGCAAUGGUACAGAGCGAGGUCCCUCUGGAUUCUCCAAAGAUGAUAUCAAAUGAAAACGCCCUUAGCUGGUCCGAGCAAUUCAAUUUGAAAGUGAGCUUUACGUCUACAAAUGAAGAAAAGGUGAAGAAAGCGUCCGUGUCGUGGAAGAACCCAUUCACGGACACUUCCUACGUACUUGUGUGGCAUUUUAAUGAGGAUACAUUCAAUUUCCAUCACGGGUUUGCUAUGAAUGUGUCAAGCCAACCGUCCCAGCAACACAUAAGAACAGAGAUUGAACUGCAGCCUAAUAGGAUAUACUGGUUGCAGAUUUUGCACCCGGAAUGCAACGUGCUAGGAACCGCUGCCGAGUCCUUUCCUUGCACUGCCGUGGAAGUGGUCACGUUUCCAGGAGGACUUAACCGUUUCAUCAUUUUGUGCAUCACGGUUGUUGUGAUUUCCUUGGUAGUCUCUGGGUCCUACUUAAUCUAUUCUGUGCAUAAUGGAUCAGUAAAGUUCGCAUGGAACGAAGAGGCGCAAACGUCUAACGAGGACACAGGGACACGAAUCUUCCUUUUGACACUCGACGAGACGGUCCAGAGACUAUUGAGCAAUGGAGAGGAACCGUUGGCAUUGGAAUUUGAAUCUCUGAAGGAACAGUCUCCUAAUAAGACAGUAAAGGUCGCCAGUCUUACUUCGAACAAGUACAAGAACCGUUACGCUAAUAUACUGCCAUUUGACAGAACCCGAGUGAUUCUAGAACAAUUUAGCGACGAUCCAUACAGCGACUACAUCAACGCUUCAUACGUACAUAGUUUUACCAAGAAUGAGAGGUUCAUCGCCACACAAGGCCCGAAGAAGUCGACCUUGCAAGACUUUUGGCGGAUGAUUUGGGAAAAGAAUGUCUACGUCAUCAUCAUGGUCACGAGUUGCAAUGAGGGAACGAAGAAUAAAUGCAGCAAAUACUGGCCGCACGUGAAGGAAGAGCCGUUUUGCUUUCCUCGCGAGGGCCUCACCGUCGAUACAACGAAGGAGUCCACCAAGGAUGGUUAUAUCGUACGCAGGAUUCAGAUUAUGAAGGGAGACGACCAACGCAGCUGCCUCCAGUACCAAUACUUGGAGUGGCCUGACAUGGGGUGCCCGGCGUCCCCCAGCGCCCUCGUCUCCUUCGUGGCGGCGGUGAGGCCCAUCUUCAACCUCGGGGAUUUCCACGUGGUCGUCCACUGCAGCGCCGGCGUGGGUCGCACAGGUACCUUCAUAGGCCUCCACAACAUCAUGCAGGAGAUAGAUAAAGGGAUCUCCGUCGACAUCUACGAGUGCGUGUUAAGGAUGAGGAACUGCAGGAUGAACAUGGUGCAGACGCAGAGGCAGUAUGCUUACCUUUAUAAGUGUGCUCUCCAGUAUUAUAAGCAAACAACAGCAGCAAGAAAGGGUUCUUCAUACCUCGAUGAAGUUUAACACUGGGUGAAAAAUGGCUUCAGUGGAUGAAUGGCUUAUUUGAGAUGAAAGGAAAAACAAGGAUGUAAUGUCCAUUCUUGUUUGCACUGAAGGUUGACUCCAAAAGAGGAAAGGAUCAGAUGAUAUCAAAUAUGCAUUUUCAAUCCUCACAAAGAUUGAUGGUGAAUUCUUAGUACUAAAUUGUCCUUUAUUCAUAUUUUUUAUUGAUGGCAAAGAUGCACUUAAGGGGCUGGUAAUGACUGGCUGAAUACAACACGCCCAAGUAACGAAAUUGUUAUCACCACCCUGUCAACCUAUCAAAAGUCAGCUGUCAGAUUCUGACGCAUCUCUGCUUUGAUCAAAAGAAAGAAAGGAAAAGAAAAUGUCACUUAGAUACUCUUGAAUGCUGUUGUCCAUUUUUAGUGGGACUGUUUUAACUGUUUCCUUGUUUAUUGUAAUCAUAAUGUCAGUCACUCAACAAUCCUAAUUGACAAUUAUAGAUAUAUAGAUUUAUAUAUUAAUUAGACAAUUAUUCCAUUAAUUGUGAUGCAACUUUGGACCACUUUAGAACAUUAAGAAAGGAUGACCAUUUUCGGAUUCAAGAAAGAAUUAUUGAUUUGGAAUAUUUCAGUAAGAAUGACCAAUUUGCAAUAUUCAAGAAGGAUUAAUUGCUUUAGAAUAUUCAUGAAGGAUGAUCAGUUUUGGGUAUUCAAGAAAGAAUGACUGAUUCAGAGUUUUCAAGAAAGAGUGACACAUUUAGAAUAUUUAAGAUAGAAUGACCAAUUUAGGAUUUAAGAAAAUGAUCGAUUUAGAAUAUUUUUUUUUUAGAAAGACCAGUUUAGGAUUCAAGAAAGAAAUGGCUGAUUUUGAAUUACGAAUUUGGAAGAAAUUAAGUUGCUGAAAAUUAUAGAAUACUCAAGAAUGAACAACCCAUCAGUAAUCGUCCAAUACAGUAGGAAUGACUCUCUGAUAAUGAUUUGCUGAUUUAUUUAUAUAAUGUAAUGUAAAUGCAAGAAUGUGUGUAUGAACCUGGGAAGAAACCUUGGAAUCCUUCUUGAUGAACAACCCUUGACUUUCUUUUAAUGAAUUAUCAAUAGAGCUAAGAAUAUUAGACAUGUACGGAGUGGUUAAUGCUUGAACAGGGGUAGGAACUUACUCCAAGGUGCAGUCCGUAUGAUUUUGGGGAUUAAAAGUGUGUGUGCAUUAUUUUUGGUUGUUACUGUGAUCUACUUUCAUAUAAUGUAAUGUAAGAGUGUGUGUGCUUGUGUGUGUAUCAAUCCUGGAAGAACCAAAGAAUCCUUAUUGAUGAUUACCAUGACAGUGCAAAUACAUUUUUUUUCUAACACCUUUGUACAAACAAAACAUAUUCAUGUGUGUUGUCUUUUCCACCCUUGUCAAAACAUUAUUUAGAAGUUUACAAACAAUCAAUGAAUAAAUAAAGCAAGUAAAGAAAUAAAUAAAUUAAUUUUCCUUUAUAUUGUGGCAUUCCUUAUUUUCCUAUUAUAUUUCACUUUAUUUCACCACUUUAACCUAUUGUUCCCUACUAUAACUUUUCAUUAUCAUCUUUAUUGUUACUGUUUUUAUUGUCAUGGUUUCAAUUAUCUAUAUAUUAUGCUAUUGUCCUCCUUUUAUAAUAAUUAUUGUAAGUGAUUUGUAAUUACAAGCAUUAUUAUUACAGUUAAUAUAAUAGUCAUUACAUGCCAUUAUUUCCAAAAAAAAUAAUCAUCCUUGGAUGUUUCUUUUCAAAAUUU